AACUUCAAACUGCCUCCAGCAGAAGUGUCAGACAACCUGACAGCUGAGAGCUGGGGCUCCACCGAAAUAACCAUCCAGAUAUUUUCCUACAGGUGGAUCAUCAGCAAUUUCUCCUUUUACCAGGAGGGAAUGAGGGAAGCCAUUGAAAGUGCCACAUUCUCAUCAGGAGCCAAUAACAAACUCCAAUCGCUUUUGAGAGUACACCCCAAUGGGAGCGAUGAAGAUAGCAAGGAUGAACUGUCAGUUUACCUAGUGUUGCUCCACUGUUCAACAAGCCCCAUUUGGGCCAAGUUCUACUUUUGGAUCAUAAAUGCUGAAGGAGAGAAAUGCCAAGGACAGUGGAGCCAAAUUGUCUUUAGAUUCCUGCCAGGCAGCAACUGGGGAUUCAAAAAGUUCAUCCUUAGAGAAUUUCUCUUGUCUCAGGAAGAACACCUUCUCCGUGAGGACCAAUUGACCCUCUUGUGUGAUGUGUAUGUGGUUCAAGACUCCUGCAGCAUUCCAGGAAAGAACACGACAACGGCAAUCAAGGUUCCAAGCUGCACUUUGACAGAUGAGGUAGGAGAGCUUUUGGAGAAUUCCCUCUUCACAGACUGCUGCUUCUUGGUAUCUGGUCAGGAAUUCUGGGCUCACAAGGCCAUCUUAGCAGCUCAAUCUCCAGUUUUCAGAGACAUGUUUGAACAUAACAUGGAGAAGGGACAAAAGAACCGAGUUGAGAUCAAGGACCUGGAGCCUCAAGUCUUGAAGGAGAUGAUGGGCUUCAUUUACACCUUGGCCACUGCUGUGCUGGUAGUUGCUGACAGGUAUGGCCUGGAGCGCUUGAAGGUCAUGUGUGAGGAUGCCCUGUGCAGGGACCUCUCAGUGGAGAAUGCCACUAACACUCUCAUCCUGGCUGACCUCCACAGUGCAGAGCAGCUGAAAAUGCAGGCAUUGGAUUUCAUUACACUUCAUGCUUCUGAUGUCUCUGAAACUUCAGGGUGGAAGGUCAUGGUGGAUUUCCAUCCCCACUUGCUGGCUGAAGAAUUCCAUGCCCUGGCUUCUGCACAGAGGCUAUUCCUGGAAACCCCUCUCAAACGCCUGAAGAGAUAG